AUGUCGCUGAAUACUACCCAAAUAAUUUACUGUGAUAAAAGUAUUGAUGAUUUUCAUACAAGCUAUAAACUUAUACAUGGCUACCUCUCGCUCUCAGUCUGUCUGUUGGGUACUUUAGCAAAUACUCUAAAUAUAAUUGUAUUAACACGUCGCGAGAUGCGUACACCAACAAAUGCCAUACUCACCGGGCUGGCGGUAGCAGAUUUGGCUGUCAUGCUGGAGUAUAUACCGUAUGCUGUGCAUGACUACAUCUUAACUGAGCGCUGGCCACGUGAGCAGCAACUUAAUUAUACAUGGGCUUGUUAUAUUAAAUUUCACGCCAUCUAUGCCCAACUGCUGCACACCAUCUCCAUUUGGCUGACAGUUAUGCUGGCGGUGUGGCGCUAUUUGGCUGUAACUUAUCCGCAAGUGUCUAGAGAGUGGUGUGGCAUGCGUAACACUGUGCUGACAAUAAUUUUAGCUUAUGUUUUGUGCGGGGUGGUGGUGACACCCUGGCUGUACUUAGUCAGUUCGAUAGCACAAUUUGAGGAAGUGGUGAAUGCCAACGACAAAGUACUGCACUCGCGGCCAUUGAGUGAAUACAUUGUAAAUUAUCAAGCUAAACACGAUUAUGCGAAUUUUUCAAAAUUCAGCACUUUUAAUGGCAGCAGCAGUGGAGGCAGCGUUAGCGACAGCAUCACCAGCACUGCCACCAGCAAUGAUACAACAUUAGAGCGUAAUAUCACAGUCUAUCGUUUGUAUCACAGCGAUAUGGCCCUACGCAACAGCACACUACGUUUGGGCACACUGCUCAUCUAUUCGGUACUUAUCAAACUCAUACCAUGCAUAGCCUUGACUGUACUAUCAUUACGUUUAAUAUCAGCGCUUUUGGAGGUCAAGAGACGCAGACAAAUGUUACGAAAUCAAUUAAUAAAAGCUGAAGAGAAAUCUGCACACUCUACGACAAUGAAUACAUUAGUGCCACCCUCCUCAGCACCAGAUGGCAGCCAGAUGACAAUGGUGAGCUCAUCGUUUGCGAUACGCAAGAAAAUCGAUAAAGCGAAACAGACAGAUCGUACAACACAAAUGCUUUUGGCUGUUUUGCUGCUAUUUCUCAUCACAGAGUUUCCUCAGGGCAUUAUGGGUCUGCUGAAUACCAUAUUGGGAGAAGCGUUCUUUAUGCAGUGUUAUCUUAAAUUGAGUGACCUAAUGGAUGUGUUGGCUUUACUUAAUUCCAGUAUAAACUUUAUAUUAUACUGUUCCAUGAGUCGACAAUUUCGACAAACAUUUGUGCUGCUGUUUUGUCCUCGUCACUUGAGCAGAUGUUUACUAUCACAUCGUCAUCAUCAUCACCACCAUCAUCAUCAUCAGCGUCGUCAUCCACAUGACCCAUAUGGACAGAAUCGUCACAAUCAACAGCACAACAAUCAUCAGCAACGCCAUCCAAAUAAUGAUCCAAAUAAUCAUCAUGACUGUGAUGGUCAUAAUCAAGAGAUGCCUUUGCAAGAGGAUAAUUUUACAGUUGUAAAUGGUCAUUUGGCAACAGAUAAUCGCAGUAAGAGCGCAUUUAUCGAACAAUGGUUUCAAACGACAACACAAGUGACACAAGUGUAG